UCACAAAAGGAACAUCAACCCCAUUUUAUUUCUUCCCCCACGAAAUUGGAUUGUUAUCACCUUCAGGUCAUUGCUGAUCAAUCGAUUCAUAUCAAUCAGUCGCUUUCGUCAGAGCAAGCCUUUCAACGUCAAGCUAAUACGUUAUUGUUGAAUCCGACGAACCAGUUAUAUGCACUGAUAUGGAGGGAACUGCAUUUACCCGUCCUUUGGAAGAAUUGAAGCAUGUCAAGUCCAAAGAAGGAGAAAUACUAACCAAACCCUUCAUUGAUGUUUGCAAAAUGAUAUUGCCUCUUAUCGACAAGUUUGGGGCUGCUAUGGCCGCAGUGAAAUCCGAUGUUGGCGGAAAUCUCUCGAGAAUGGAGCAGAAAUAUAGGUCGAGUCCUUCUGAAUUCAACCUUUUGUACAGCAUGGUAUGUGCAGAAGUUGCAUCCAAAACAGCAAAAUCAUCCUAUAGUUGCACCAACGCGCUUCUUUGGUUGACGAGGGCCAUGGAUUUUUUGGUGGAACUGUUUCACGACCUGCUCGAUCAUCCGGAUUGGUCGAUGUCGCAGGCCUGCAAUCAUGCCUAUGGGAAGACUCUGAAGAAAUGGCAUGGCUGGCUUGCUACUUCAAGUUUCUCUGUUGCAAUGAAGCUUGUUCCAGACAGGAAAAAGUUCCUGGAAGUGGUUGGCGGAUCUGGUGAUCUCACUGCUGACAUGAGGUCGUUUUGUGAGAAGUAUGGUCCACUUCUUCAGGAAAAUCACAAGUUCUUGGCAAGUGUUGGUCUAGAUAAUAUGAAAGGCACUUGAUUGGAGAGCUUCAAAUGGUGACCCUGCUCAAACUCUUCCUCAUCUUUUCUUGUUUGAAUUAGACGUGUGACCAUCCAAUAUAUUGCGAAGAUACAUUUUCUAGGGAUUAAGCAUAUCUUUCGUUCCUUGUUAACCCUUUUCGGGGGUUAAAGUUCAUUUUCUUAGCAUCUGGCCAUUCGAAACCUCUCGGUGCACUCGAGUCAUCCACACUCUCCAGUGAGCAUUGGCAUGUUAAAGCGGAAAAAGAGCCACUUUACUUUGCAUCAGAUAUGAAAUUUACGUACAGAACUCAGUCCCAUGAUGUGCUGUUCGAGUUGCCACUUUCACGGUUGUUUUGUGCGAGCAAUGAAUAGAGAGACUCCUCUUACAAUCGUCGCUCGGUAAAUGGUCUUAAUGCUCUCAUCGCCCGCCCAUCUCUGUGCAUGGAUCACGAAGGCGUCUGUGAAUCCGUGAUUGUGUAGGCACAAGUGUCCACUUUCACGUUCCUUGUUGACCCUUUUUCGGGGGUUAAAGUUCAUUUCUCAACAUUGGCCUUUCUAAAACCUCUCGGUGCGUGCCCACCGGCGCGCGGAUGCACGUGCACGUGCUCACUUUCCAGUGAGCAUUGGCAUGUUAAAGUGGAAAGAGAACAACGUUGCAUCAGAUAUCAAAUUUACAUACAAAAUUUCCUUGCUUCAACAGGGAGAUCACAAAUGCUGCGUAUUAUUCUGCAUUUACAAAUGAACAAAGGAAAAAAAAAAAGGAACCAAAAUGAACAAGAA